AACCGACUCGAGGCAAAGAAGGCUGAACUCCGUGCUGCGAAGCAGGCUCAGGAAGCAUUAACUAGGCGUAUGGAGGCUCUGCAGAGUCGAAUAAUUGUAGGCGGUGAGAACUUACUGGAAAAAGCGGAGGCCCAAGAGCGCUUGCUAGAAGAGUCUGCCCUUGAACUGGAGAAGCAACAGCUGCGCGCAGAGACCCUGAGGCAGGAGCUAAAGGCUAAAGAAGAGGAGAGAAUUAAUAUCGAAGAGAAGUACAACAGUUUGCAGGCAUGUCUAUUUUCUUAUGCUUUACACUAA